AUGGCGCUGCCCGCUGCGGACCGGGCGCUGGUGCGCGCGCUGUGGAGGAAGCUGGGCAGCAACGUGGGCGUGUACGCGACCGAGGCCCUGGAGAGGACCUUCCUGUCCUUCCCCUCCACCAAGACCUACUUCCCGCAUCUGGACCUGAGCCCCGGCUCCGCGCAGGUGAAGGCACACGGCCAGAAGGUGGCCGAUGCGCUGACCCUCGCGGUCGAGCGCCUGGACGACCUGCCCGGAGCCCUGUCCGCGCUGAGCGACCUGCACGCGUACGAGCUGCGUGUGGACCCCGCCCACUUCAAGCUCCUGGGCCACUGUCUGGUGGUGACCCUCGCCCGGCACUUCCCCGGGGACUUCAGCCCCGCCAUGCAGGCCUCGCUGGACAAGUUCCUGAGUCAUGUGUUCUCGGCGCUGUCCUCCAAGUAUCGCUAA